UGUGUUUAAAAAAAAAAAAAAAAUGGGUGGGAACCUCAUGGCCAAGUUGUAGAAAAAAAAAAAAGUUGAAGUGUGCCUAUCUUGGGGCGGAGCCCCUCCCUUCUGCUGGCCGCGCGGAGUGGGAGCCCCAGGUACAACCGAGAGGCAGCGUCCAGGAGCUGGGGACCCCCGCCGCUGCAGUGCGUCCACCGCGUGUCUCCCCGCCGCGUGGCGAUGAGCAGCCCGGCGAGCACGCCGCCUCCCGCGCACCACGAGCCUGACCCAGGGAUGUCCUACAGCGUAAUGGAGAUUGCCAUCAUUGCAGCUGUGAUCACUGCAGUGGCCUUGGUCCUGGUCUGCCUCCUCUUCCUCAUGCUCCGGUACAUGUACAGGCACAAGGGCACCUACCACACCAAUGAGGCCAAAGGUACAGAGUUCGCCGAGAGUGCCGAUGCAGCCCUGCAAUGUGACCCUGCUCUCCAGGACGCCGGGGACAACAGCAAGAAGGAAUACUUCAUCUGAGGGGUAGCAGAUUUCACCUCCCUGCAAGAUGUUUCUGGCUGCGGGAGAGAAAGCACACCCACUAUGUGCCACCAUUAUCAACACCAGGAAGCCCUCAAGGGCACCCCAAGACUCUUACUGCAGAACACUGGGUGCCUGCCAGGAAACUGAUACAGGUGGGAGGAAUCAAGAUACACAGCACCUCUUCCAGGGACUUGGCCACCCAGAGGCCAGCAUUGGCUCUACAAGGAAUAGAGAACAUCUGGAUACACAGGUCUCCCUGUACAGUGCAGGUCUCAUCUCACUAGCAUGAAAGUUCUCUUCAGUGUGCAUAGGGUGGUUGGGCCUGGGAAUGGGGAUGUAUAGAAGUGUGACAUCUAUAAGCUGACUGGGGAUACUGGCAUCAAAUGUCAGUCCUUGAUAUUUGGGGAGAACAGCGGGUGCCUGAGCUAAAAGUCACCUUCGUCUCCCAUCAACCCAGCUCAAAAUGAUGACAAAUAAAUUUGGAAUGUAACUGAGCAUUCUUUAUCUAAUGGCACUACUCUAAGUGUCUAGGAAACAGUGAAUGCCACCCAUUACUGUUGGCUUUUCUCUUGUAUAACAUUGUGUCUGUGUGCAUGGGGCAAGAAUUAUCCAGUUCUGGCAGAAGGAAGAAUGACCUUUGCCCUCACUGGUACCAGCUAUGUAAAACAAAUGGAAGGACGAAACACAGAGAUUGGGCUGCUGGCUGAUGCACUGAUUUUUUGAUA